AUAUAUAAAAGGAAAAAAUAAGAGAAAAGAAAUCAAACAAAAUAUAAAACGCGUUAAUUAGCCUUCUUUUUGUAUUUGUGAUUGACCUGAUAACGUGUGUUUUUAAUUGCGAUAUAAUUACGAAAAGCGGUGUUUGAUGAAAGGAGCAGUUUCUGUAAAAAAAAAUCAGUGUAUUACAGAUGAAAUAAACAUUUUUCUAAAAUAAAUGAAGAAACUACCACCACAGUAUAAUUUUCACGUUCGUUACUCUCAUGCACUUUUAGAUAAUCGUAAAUUAUAAUAUAUGUAUCGGUAUAAUAUGUAUCUAAUACGUAUGCUUCGCUCGAAUGUCAAUUUUUUUGUUAUAUUGAUGAGAAUGUCAGUUUGUAACCUUUUUUUUGAGAUGUUUCAAUUUAUCUUCUCUUUUUAUGUAAGAAGUGAAAUGAAUCUAGAUCAUUUGAUUAAUCUACAUUCAAGAUCAUUUUGAAAUUUCGAGAAAGUGAACAUUGAGAAGGAAUUAUUGAUAAAGUUUUGCUGUUUAAAUUGACAGCUAUUAUAUGCAGAGUUCUCAAUUAAAUGGAACUUCUGGGUCUGACGUUACAGGCAAUCGAAUUUGUUCAGAAAAUUCAGAAUGUAUUGCAGCGGAAAAAGAAUCAAAGGCACUUCGUAAGCAAGUAGCAAAUUUAACAGAGACCAUCGCCGAUCUACAAAACAAUAUUUAUACAAAAGAUAUUCAAUUGGAAAACAUGCGUAAGGACGGAGAAAGAUUAUCAACGGAAUUGAAGAAGCAACAGAGAUGUAAUAGAAAUCUUAAACAACAGCUGGAUGAUGAGAGAUAUUUUUAUCAGAGAGAGAAGGAUCACUUUUGCGAAGAGAUGCAACGUCACAAAAACAAAUGUAGCAACAAUGGAUUGAAGUUACAAGAGCAACGAUGGAAAGAAUUGGAGGAUAUAAGAGACUCGUUGGAUGAGGAAAAUAAACAAUUGCGCGAGGAAUUAGCUGAGAAGAGCGAGAUCACAUAUAAUUUGUGUAUUAAAUUUCUACGUAUGAAGCAUGCAAAGGACACGCUUAGACAAAAGUUUGAUCAAUUGCAUCGGGAACACUUAAGAGUGAUGGAAGAAAUGAUGGAGAAGCUCGACGAAGCUAGAGAGGAACUCAACGUGAUUGUAUCGGAGAAGUUUCAAGAUCCAUUGCCAGUUAACAAGGCUAAAUUCUUGCAAGUCGUACAAAGAAAUACUCGAUUGGUUUAUGAAAAUGCGACUUUGAGAGUACAGAUUCAGCAUCUCACGCAAAGUUUAAAUAAAUUGAAGAACUACGCGGAGAAGCCUAAAGCGAUUAAAGUUGAUGCACGUAUCAUAGCGAAACUUGCUACUCAAAGUCGUAGAAGGCAAGAUUCGGAAAUAAUUAGAAAAAGUAUUGUGACAUCUUGCGUUACUCAACCAGUAACCGUAUCGACCAGCAAUUCGAGUACAAAUAACAGUAGAUCAGCUGAUAAAACGACCAAUGGAAAACUAGGCUCAAAGAUUCGAGCUAAAGCUUGGGAUAAGUAUAAGUUUGUAACCGUAAAAGAAGACUCUCAAGAAACAAGCUCGACCAAAUCUAAAAUUGAACGUAUAGAAGAAAAUAAAGAAAAAACAAUCGAUCAAAAUGAUUCCACUUCUACGACCAGUACAGAUAGUACAACGGAACAUUUACAAAAAUAUAUUGAAGUACGUGACGUGUGUACGAACACGUGACAGGAGAAGUGAAAAGUAGAUGUUUCGUGAUUUUAAAAUCGAUUAUAUCUUAGUGAGUCAUGCUCGCUAUUUCAAAAGGAACACGUAUAUUAACAAAAUUUCCAUUCCGUUGGACGUAAAUAUUUGUUUAAAAAAAGAAAGAAGAAAUACAAAACGUACAGUGAAAAUAAUGAAAAAACGUACGUUUAUAGAUACGCUAUAUACGUUAGAGAGAUCCUUGUUUUUUGUUAGUUAAAACGAUACUUGGAAGAAACGAAAAGAAAUAAGAAAGUUGGAAAUAAUUUAUUUAAUCUAAACGAACGAGAAUAUAUUUAUAAACGAUUAUUUUUAUUAUCUUUUUAAAUCCUUACAAUUUAUUACUUUAAUAAAAUAUAAACUGUAAAUGCUCCAAACGUAUGAAUCUCUUAUUUUGUUUCUAUAUAUGCUUGUAGGCCAUACGACGAGUCCAAAAGUUUUUACGCUUAUAAUUUUACUAUAUAAAAAAGAAAAAGGAAACAAAAAUGAGUGUAGAAAUAUUGAUUGUUUAAAAAUUAUCUAGAAACUUUUGAUCGACCUUGUAUUUUGUAUCGCAGUAUGUCAGUCGUUUUGCUUCUAUACGAUGUUAGAUGUCACCUUGGUACAAUGUCGACAGAGAAGGAGAAGGAGAGAGAAAGAGUAACAA